AUGCCCUUAGGGGUGUCGUCGUCUCCCAAACAACACUUCCCUUUCACGCCAUGGCCCCCCAUCUUUAAAAAAACCUCCACUCCACUCCCGAGAGAGGAAAUUCCCUUACCCUCUUCCUACUGUACUCACCCACACCACCGCCCACCCCACUCUUCUGGUCUUCCUCGCUGUCUUCUUCCCCAGCCCUCCAGUUCGAAAAUUCCCUCCCUCGCGCCCAAACUCCAAACCCUAGCCGGUCCGGCCCAGCCCCCCUCCGCCCCGCCGGCUCCCCGCGCGGAACAUGCGGGAUCUGGGCCCAUGGCGACCGGCCCCGAUCUGACCUCCCCCUCCGCCGCCGACGCCGCCGCCGCGUCGUCGGCGGCCAAGAAGGACCGCCACAUCGUCAGUUGGAGCGCCGAGGAGGAUGACGUGCUUCGUGCUCAGAUUGCGCACCAUGGAACUGACAAUUGGACAGUCAUAGCCACACAAUUCAAGGAUAAGACUGCCAGACAGUGCAGGAGGAGAUGGUACAAUUAUUUGAAUACAGAGUGCAAGAAAGGCGGGUGGUCUCGUGAAGAGGAUAUGCUUUUAUGUGAGGCUCAAAAGCUUCUUGGUAACAAAUGGACUGAAAUAGCAAAGGUUGUCUCAGGCAGAACUGAUAAUGCAGUGAAGAAUCGAUUUUCUACGUUAUGCAAAAGGCGGGCUAAGGAUGAUGAACUAUUGGAGGAAAAUGGCACAGUAUGCUCCAAUGCAAGUGCAAAGAGGGUACUGACACAAUCUGGUGGUGUCACAUGUGCUGCACCUGGCUCCUCACCACCUAUUAAGAACAUGAGCUCUUGCAAAUCCGAUUUCAAGGAGAACUUAGCACCAAAUAUGAGGUCAUUUGGACAGCAAAAGAGCAUACGACAGGAUUCUCGGCAACCCCUUGCUAGCAUUUGUCCAGACAAUCAGAGUGUGAAUAUUGUAAAAACCCAAAGUCUUGUCACUAAAACCUCAACAAAGCAAUUACAUGGCGAAGAACAGAGCUGUGUGAAGCAUGACGGUAAUUUUUUGAAAAGGAAUGAUCCAAAACUUGCUACUUUACUUCAGCAAGCUGACUUGCUUUCUUCCCUAGCAACAAAAGUAAAUACUGAAAAUACAAGCCAAAGCAUGGAUGAAGCCUGGCAGAAACUACAGCAUCAUUUGGUUAAGAAAGAUGAUAAUGACAUGUCAGAGAGCAGUAUGUCUGGAACAGCUUCACUCCUAGAUGAUCUCGACGAUUUAAUUGUUGAUCCCUAUGAGAAUGAAGAAGAAAAUGAACAGAAGUCCAGAGAGCAGAACGGAGCAACAUCACAAGUGGCUCCUGAUCAAAUAAUGGAUAAUUGCCCAGUAGAUCAAAUCGCAGAAGAAAGUAGCCUUUGUGGAAACACACUAUCUAGUACUAUGGAACCUUGCCCAGUUGCAGAAAUUCUAGCUCAUAUAAACUUGGGUGAGGCUGCCGAAGAUAUGGGGCUUCAUUUCAUGGAAUACAGUUCUCCUACUCAUGCAGCUCAAGCUCAGCAAGCUAAAGCAGAUGCAGAAAUACCAGCGUCUGUAGACUUGAGUGAGUCUGCCGAAGGUAGCUGGUCUCAGUUUAUGGAAUACACAUCUCCCGCCCAUACAGUUUUGCAUGCUAACAGUUCUCCUGCUCAUACAGUUCAAGCUCAGCAGGCUAAAGCAGAUGCAGAAAUACCAGUGUCCGUAGACUUGAGUGAGGCUGCCGAAGGUAGCUGGUCUCAGUUUAUGGAAUACACGUCUCCUGCUCAUACAGUUUUGCAUGCCGAAGGAGAUGCAGAAACACCAGCAUCUGUAAAGUUGAGUGAGGCUGCUGAAGGUAGCCUGCCUCAGUGUAUGGAACAUAUGUCUCCUGUUCAUACACUUCUGCGAGCUAAAACAGAUUCUGAAAUACCAGCAUCCGCAAACUCGAAUGAGGCUGCAGAAGGUAGCUGGUCUCAGUUUAUGGAAUACAUGUCUCCUGCUCAUAUAGUUUUACAUGCUAAAGCAGAUGCAGAAACACCAGCAUCCGUAAAUUUGGGUGAGGCUGCCGAAGGUAGCCUGCCUCAAUGUAUGGAACCCAUGUCUCCUGCUCAUACACUUCUGCGAGCUAAAACAGAUUAUGAAAUACCAGCAUCAGCAAACUUGAGUGAGGCUGCCAAAGAUGACAGUCUUCAGUGUACAGAAUACACCUCUCCUGCUCGUGCAGACUUGCAAGCUAACGCAGAUGCAGAAAUAUCAGAGGAUUUCAGUGAGGUUGCCCAAGAUAGCAGGCUUCAAUGUGCUAGAUUUACUUCCCCUGCUCGCACUGCUAUCAAAGGUAAAGCAGUUGCGAAGAAAGGAACUUCAGAGAACUGCAGCGACGUGCCCGAAGAUAGCAGCACCCAGCCAUGCAUGGAAUUCACCUCUCCUGCUCACACAGUUCCAACUUUCCAUCCAUUCACAGAUAACGUGCCAACUCCAAAAAUUACUGCCAGUGAGAGGAAUUUUUUGCUGUCUGUGCUUGAGUUGGCCUCACCUGGAUCGAAGCCAGAAACUUCUCAGCAGCCUUCUUGCAAAAGGGCUCUUCUUAAUAGCCUUUGA